AUAAUCCCACUUAAUGUGUCAUGGCAACCUUAAGUGCUUAAUAAGUAGGUUGUUUUCUUGGCCCAUUUUAAUUGCAUACUGUCUGACUAAUUUCUAUCAGAUGUAUUUCAUUUUGCAUCAUUUUUACCUUACAAAAGAUUUUUGUUUACAGAAUAUAUGAUAGUUUUGACAACAUUUUUCAAUUCGUUAGAGAUGUUUGUUCGCUCAACUCGUAAGUAAAUUGUGUUAUUUUUAUUUUAUAGUUAAAACUAAUCUUUGUCGACAUAAUCAUUGAAAUUCUUUCACUAUGCUGUCGUUUUUUCGAUCACAAUAUUGCAGGCUAAAACUUUAUUGAUAAUAUGCUGAUACAGCCACGUAUUUCAUCAUUCUUUAAUUAUUGCAUUUCUUAAUACGUUUUUACUGUUUUAGCAUAAUGCUUCAGCAGUUUGAUUGAAUAUUCUUGUUCACACUUCAGCUUCACUUCAAAAAACUGUUCUGUUAAAAAUUUUUUUUUUCAAUGUAUUUGUAAUUUUCUGUACAUAUCAAACAUAGUGGCUUGUCCUUGAUGACCUCAGGUGCAACUGUAAAUGUUAUGAUCCCAGCCAAUUUGCUGCUGUUGUUUUUCUUUCGUUGUCUUAGAACGUUCUAUAACUAUUCCUGCUUGACUUUUUUCUCGUGUUGUAUAUACAAAUAUUGACCAUGUUUACACUGACAAACACAAAAUAUUUAUAGUCUUACCAUUAAGGGAAUAAAAUAAAGAAUCCUUUUUACUGGACCUCUGCAGGUGGCCACAUCUGCAAGUGUGUGUUUGAAUCGCAAAAUUAAUUUAUGUCUCUCCUAUGGCAGGAUACAGAUGUUCCCUUUCUUUCAAAUGAAACGAGUAAACAAGGCGGAUUUAAGUUGGAUUUUUGAACCACUAACAUAGAUAGAUGAUUUUGCAAGGGGCAUAUGCAAAAGAUUUAGAUGAUGAAUGAUUGUGCAUUAUUACAGACUGUCAACUUUUGUAAACUUAAAGUUACUUAAAUGAAGAGUAUAGUUACAUAUUUGUUAUACGAAUGUUUAAUUUCUUGAUCGUUUAUACCACCUGUUUUUUAUCAUCCCAUAAAAAGCUAUUUCUGUCGCAAAUCGUUGUGUUGUCUAACUUGCCAAACAACAAUGUAUAGAUAUAUUGUUAUGUAUAUUAGAUAUAUAAUGAAAAAAAACAUCCUUUAUUUGCACAUUCAUUAUACUUUUGGUGUGUUUAUCCACAAUUCAUCAUCUAAAUAAUUUUUAUCCGUGCAAGCCAAGAAUGCAAAACGUCACUCAGAUAAACCCGAGAAUCUUGGGUUGUAGCUAUUGAAAAUGCUUUAUCGCUUGUGGCAAACGUUCAUAAUUGCUGAAGUCAAGAAUUUUUGUGACUGAAGAGAGAAACUUCCAUUGAAAAUGACUCAUUAACGAAUAAGUUGAUUUAUGUUUAUGAUGUCGAACACAACCAAUGCUACAAUUGGACAAUUUAAAAUCCCAAAGACUCAUCUCUACACUGUGUUGACUUUAUAUGGCUUCAUCUCGUUUACGUCUGUCAUUGGAAAUUCUAUGGUUUUAAUCUCUUUCUUCAAGUCCUCGAAAAUCCGAAAUUCGCGGACGAAUCAUCUUAUUGUGAGCCUCUCUUGUGCUGAUCUAAUCGCAGGCGCCAUAACCGUACCUCUGUAUGCAAAUCUGAUGAUGAACAGUUUUGAAGGCUACAAUGAAAGUGUCCAGUUUUUCAUUUACCAAGUUAUCGACGUUUUUUCAGUUACGGCGUCUAUUUGGCAUUUAGCUGUAAUAUCAUUAGAUAGAUAUUUUGCGAUCGUGUGGCCAGUUUUACACCAUAAUGCAAAGUCUGGGACGUACAUUUCAUCAUUAUUUGUGAUAUGGAUUGUUUCCAUUCUUUCUGGUGGCCUCACUGUGGAGUUCUUCAAGUAUAAACUAAAAUACAUAAUCUACAAAGCGUCAACCUUGUUUGCACUUCCCCUCCUUGUCAUAGUUGUCAGUUAUUUAUCCAUUUUACAUGCGACUAUCCGGCGUCCAUAUUCUAGCUCUCGCGGGAACUUUGAAAGGGAACUGAAAGUUUCGUUUACUGUUUUUCUUUUAAUUGCUCUGUUUCUUGUAAGUUGGGCUCCAUUUUUCACCAUUGCCAUUUUGUCCAGUUCAUGUGAAUGCAUCACUUUAACCAUGGCAGUUUACUUUAAAGCAAUACACUUUGCUUCAACCUGUGUUAAUCCUGUAGUGUACGCCGCCAGAAUGCCUGAUUUCAAAACAGCUUUUAUUAAGAUUAUUCCAAAACAGAUCGUUGAGUUUCUCUGUUUCUUCCGAGAUAGAACAAUAGUUGACAUGGUAACCAAUAGUACACGCACGCGUACUUCAAGUACGUUAUCAUCUACGGUCCAAACGGGCGAGAGUGGUAAACGAAGAGCGACACUUCUUGAAAAUAGAGGUGCCUUUGAACAGUUGCCAGUGAAAAUAAACAAAAAGGAGUCUCCCCUAGCUCACAGUAUAACCUCAAAUAAAUGUGUGAGCUUACUGUCAGAUAGUCCUACCUCAACGGCUGGCUCCCAUGUGUAAAUUACAUGGAUGUCGUACAACAAAUCGCUCAAUAUAAGUUCUUUCAUUUUCAUACAUCUCUAUACGCUGGAGAGAUUCCAAUCUUUGCUCUUCGUUGGCUUUGUGGAUUAUUGCUUUUGUAAACUUUAUGCUUGCAUUUGUUUAGAGCUUAUUAGAGAGUGAAUUUAGGUCGAGGAGAUUAUGUUAAUAAAGUCCAGUGAAAUGUAAA